CGUUAGUUCAGUUUAAACACAAAUAAACUAAUGCAAUAGUGGAGCCGACGGAAAUAAGUUCGUGAAGGUGAGACUAUGAUGUACGGAGUAUUUAAUUGAUUGGUAAGAGAGAGAAGAAAACUUUAGGGUGAAAAAAACGUGUAUUUGAGUUCGUAAAGGAUCAGGAUUUCCAACUCGAUCACUUCUCUCCAUCUAUAUAUAUGUUUAUUCCAUAUGAAAUAACAACAUAAUUUAGAAAGAUUUUUACGAGAUCAGAGAGGAUAAGAGAUUUAUUCCAGGUCAUUCAUCUAUUAUGGAUCCAGUGGCAGAGGCUAAAUUCAUGGCAAUUUUGAACUUUUUCGAAGAUGAUGGAGAAACGUUUGCUAUCCAACUUGUUCAAGACCUCCACGAAUCCUAUCAAGUCAUGGCAGAAAAACACUUUCGUGAUGAGGGGAAAAAGAGUGAGGAUAAGGGAUUUAUUCCAGGUCAUUCAUCUAUUAUGGAUCCAGUGGCAGAGGCUAAAUUCAUGGUAAUUUUGAACUUUUUCGAAGAUGAUGGAGAAACGUUUGCUAUCCAACUUGUUCAAGACCUCCACGAAUCCUAUCAAGUCAUGGCAGAAAAACACUUUCGUGAUGAGGGGAAAAAGAGUGAGGACUAUGAUGGAAGAGCGCAUCCAUUAUGUGAUCACACGAUCAGCACUUUAAAGUCAAUAUUAAAGACGCUCAAGAAACAAAACGAAGAUAUCAAGAUACUCACUCGUGAAGUUGAGUUAUUGAGACGUUUGGAUGAUGGAGGGCGGGUGAAAAAGAAUUCCAUUUUAAAUAAAUUGAAGCAUUCUCUUUCCAAAUUCUUUUCUUUCUUUUAUUUUGGAAGGUUUUAAAUUCUAUGUAUUUUAUUGGGAAUCAUAGUACUAUUUGGAAGAUUUUUCUUUGUUUAUUCUAUUAUGCGUUGUAUAGUAGAGAAGAUUAAGAGUCAAACAUGAAUAAAUAAAGUGCACUAAUAAGAAUAUAUCUUAUCAUAAUUUAUGGAUCGCUUAGGCCUAUUUUAAAUAAUAAAGCAC